GUUAUUGAAAGGUAUACAAAGUGUCAUAGAGAUGACUUAUUAAUCAGCUGAUUGUGUGAAAUAUCAGAAUUUUUGUGUUUGAAAAAUUUCACAACUAACAGCUGACGUGUGAUUACCGCCACUGGAUAAACAUGACAGAUGUCUUUUGACAAAGGAAAUUACCCAUAGAAGGUGAAAUAUACACCUUGGAACUGUCCAUUUGAGUGGUCGCUAUUGAAAUUUCUAUUUGUGUAUACUUCAGUGUAGAGUAGCAAACAAAUAUUUGCAGACUGGAGAGUUUAAUGGGGAGAAAUCUGAAAUUGGACACCAUUGACCAUUGGUCAGAUUUUGAUUGCUGAAACUGACCAGUGUAUUCCCUGAUGCCAGUCUGACACCUCUUAUCAACAGGAGAGAUAAUAGUGUAACAGAUAGAUUUUUACAAACUUGUAUACAAAGGAAUUGAUUUUUUCUGCUGAUUUUAUUUGUUGAUUUGCCACAGAUGGGAUAAACACCAUGAUAACAUUGAUUGCUAGUGGACUAAAUGAUUGCUUGGCAAAUAAUGUUGACACCUCAGUAAUAAUUGGACAAAUCUCUAUUACAUCCUAGAACAUCAUAUUCACAGUUCCAGAUUCCUGCCAGGCUAUUGGUCAUUUACGGCCCUGAAACUAUAAUAAGACACUUUUGACAAGUAAUUUACAAUAGUUUUGUGAAAGGCUGAAAUUUCAUAUUGUUUUGUGAAGUUUACAUAUAUGUAAUUGGAGUUUACCUUGUUGUGGUCAUUUUGUAAGUCACAAAAGGUCAAUUACUCAGCUGACAUAUUUGAGUGAUUUAUUAAGAUUGCAAUUUGGUGCUGGGAGGAUAGUUAUAUAUAAAGAGAGUGCAAUUAUUUAUAUCAAUAAGAGAUAUUAACACUGCAGGUUAUCUUGACAAUACAUAAACCUUAUUGAAUAACUUCGCUAUGGAGAAUUACUUGAAUUAAAAAGUCAGCAACAUUUAUCGAUUUUUUAAGAAAAUUAUGAUUGAAACUUGGAAUUGAUGUUCUGGAAGAAAAAAAACUAUGAUUUGUGGAAUUUGAGUUAAUCGCACAAUUAUCGCCUGUCGUAACUCAUCAGGAUUGUUGUAGUAUAAGGUCAGUGUGGAAUUCGGGCAAUAAUUAAAACAAUAUUGACCACAUAUUUUGAAAAUGAGGUUGUAGUUUUGGAAUGAUAAUAGAACACAGGGAUUGAUUAACUAAGUAUUUGCCAAUUGCUGUGGACACGUUGGUCAUUUUGGAACCAUAGCAUGACAGGAGCUUACAUACUGUAGGAUUAAUACAGACAAAAUCAACAUGUAUAUUUGUAUCACUGGCUAUGCAAACAGGAGGGGUUUUAGUGUGUCGGGAGCUAAAGCUGGAGACGAUUUACUGAGAAAUAAAUCAAGGUCACGUUCAGUCGGAGGAUCACCAUUGGAGUCUCCAAGAAGUAGUAAACUUGUUCAUCAAACUAGUACUCAUGGUAACAGAGCUCAGAGACAGCGCUCAUUCAGAAACAAUGAAGAGGAUGUGAAACGUUCCCGUUCUCAUUCUGUUUCUUAUGAAUUGUCAGAAGAUUUAAAAGAAAAACAAUUGGAAAUGUUAGAGAGAAAAUAUGGAGGUUCACUAAGAUCACGCCGUGCUGCUAAAACUAUUCAGCAAGCAUUUAGACAGCACUGCAUGAACAGAAACUUUGAAAAAUUACGACAUUCUGCAGGAGAAAGGAGAUUAUCAAAACGAUUGUCUGAAUUAGGUCGCAGUAACACAGUUUGGACUGACAGAAUUACAGAUAAUGUUCAAACAAUGGGUGCCCUACUUGUGCAAAAUAAUGUAGAAGGGCACAAUCAAAGUGACAAUUAUCAAAAUAAGAGUGGCGAAUCUAGACUUAGACCUCAGAUGUCUUUAGAUCAAAAUAUGAAAAUUGAUUCUUCAUUACGGACAAAAAUUUCAAAAUUUGAAAGGAAAAAACUAGAACGUUGUAAAGAGGUGGAUUUAAGCGACAUUCCUGAAAAUCAAAAUUGUGACAAAACUGUUGAUGAGGCAAACAAUAAUAGGAAUUCUUAUCCUGAAAUGAACCAAAGUAGUGCUACUGAUUCAUCACAACGUGGACCAACGGAAAAUGCAGUUGAUUUACCUAGUCUUAAUUUUGAAACUCUGUUAGAUAGUCGAGAGACUGAAAUUUUAGUUGACAGCUUUAAUAGUGACAGUAUUAACAGUGACGGUCAAAAUGAAAUUACAAAUUACACAUUUACUCAUAAACCUUCUGCAUCAUCAUUAUUUUCAAAUGCAAGUACGGACACUUUAGAAAGUAACAAAAGUGCUUCUUAUGAAAACUUUAGGACUAAUUACUCUGAUUCCGGAUCAUGUGGUAGUCAAGGGGAUUUACAAAUUAAAGGAGAAACCGAUAGUUCUUCAUUAGAAAAUAUACGAACACCCGAACAAAAACAAAUGAUAGAUCAGACUUUACGAUUUUAUAUGAAUCAAGAAGUCAAAUUACGGAAUAAACAAAUAGCAGAAGUGAUUUCUAAGAAACCUCCUCAAGUCCCUAUAAGAGCCCCAGAGGCUUCACCAGUUUGGAAACGAAAAAGUGCUAUGAAUGGUAGUAUACAAGUUAAACCAGUAGAAAAACGAAUGAGCAAUAUUUCAGAGACAAGUGAAGGAUCAUUUGAUGGUAACUGUUCUAGUUCUCCAAGUUCAGAAAAUGUUAACGGUGAAAAUGUUAGUUUAAAUAGUGAGAGUAGUCUACAUUAUCAGAGACGAUCACGACUAAGUGUAACGCCUGAUCACCAUCAUUCUGUUCCAAAAUCUGCAGACAAAGUUAGAAAACGUACCUACAGAAUUGGAAUGAACUUAUUUAACAAGAAACCAGAAAAAGGAAUAGAGUUUUUAUGUGAGUGUGGAUUUGUAGAAGAAAAUCCACAUGCAGUAGCAAAAUUCCUCAUCUCACGGAAAGGACUUAGUAAACAGAUGAUAGGAGAAUACUUAGGGAACCUACAGAAUGAAUUCAAUAUGGAAGUCUUAGAAUACUUUUCUCAGGAAAUAGAUCUCGCUGGACUCCAGAUAGACAUGGCCUUGCGGAAGUUUCAGUCCUUUUUUAGAAUGCCUGGUGAAGCUCAAAAGAUUGAAAGACUUAUGGAGGCCUUUGCUUCCAGAUUUUGUAUGUGCAAUCCCGACCAAAUCAAGAGCUUUAAGAAUCCAGAUACAAUAUUCCUGUUAGCGUUUGCCAUUAUCAUGUUAAACACAGACCUUCAUAAUAACAGUAUUAAACCAGAACGACGAAUGAAACCAGAAGAUUUUAUUAAAAACUUAAGAGAUCUUGACGAUGGAUAUGAUAUAGACAGAGAUAUAUUACUUGGUAUAUAUGACAGAAUCAAACUGACAGAAUUCCGUGCUGGCGUGGAUCAUGUGACUCAAGUCAUGAAGGUCGAGCAGACGAUUGUUGGCAAGAAACCACAACUAGCAUUACCUCACAGACGACUGGUGUGUUACUGUAGAUUGUAUGAGGUUCACGACCCAAAUAAGAAAGAGAAGAUAGGCUUACAUCAACGAGAAGUUUUCCUGUUUAAUGAUUGUUUACUGGUGACAAAAAUAUUAAGUAAAAAGAAAAGUGGCAUUACAUACUCGUUUAAACAAUCCUUUACAUUGGCUGGCAUGCAUGUAUACUUGUAUGAAACAUCACAUUACCAGUUUGGUGUACGAUUGACGAACGGUUUAGAUGGUAAAACCUUAAUCACAUUCAAUGCCAGAAAUGACCAUGAUAGACAGAAGUUUGUUGGAGAUUUAAAAGAGGCAAUAGCAGAGUGCAAUGGAAUGGAACAACUGAGAAUAGAAGAUGAAUUACAUAAACAGAGUGCUAACCAUAAUUCCAUAGAAAGAUACGCUAAUGAUGACUCCAGAGUUUUAAUGUACGAAUUAUCAAAGCCUUCUGAUCCUGCAUUAAAUAGAUUAUCUGCCCCUGAAUGUGGCGGCUUGAAACAGCUUCAUCUGUCCAAUUCUCUCACUGACCUUAGUGAAGUUCCGGGGAUGAGGAGAGGUAGUAGUGGUGGAUCAUUAGACAGUGGAGUUGCCUCAGGAAGCUCACAAGGCGUGAACAGCAGUGGCGAGUCACUAGGUACACAGACCAGUCAGAACUUGUUAGUUAUUAAGGGACCAUCUUCAUCAUCCUUACUAUCAUCGGGGAAAAAGGGUCGGUCCAAAGGAUUUCUGUCUCAACAGUAUGAUGUACCUCAGGGGACUGAAGUCUGAUAGGCCAUAGAUAGCCCUAAACAUUUGGGGCUGUUGUGUGUUGAAGAUAAGGAGUGUUGUCUCUAGAAAGUUAAAUGGAUGAUGUGUUAUUCAAGAACAGUGAUUUUCAGAUACUUACUUCAAACUAUAUAAACUCUGAAAUGUGAUAAUCUUUCUUAUAUGUAUUCUAAAAUGUUUUCAGUAAGUUAAACAUCUGUAUGUAUUUCAAUUGUAUCUUUAAUGAAAUCUUUUUCUUCUUCUGAUUUUGUGCCAUAUUUAAGUUAUUUAAGGGAGAAAUCCAUUUGAAAGUGCAAUUCUGUAUUUAAUUGUUAAAUCUAUAUAAGUAAAAGCAUAAUAAAUAAUAUUGUGAACAGAUACUAUAAAUAAAUUUAAAACAAAGUAUAUUAUUUGUAAUUUAAUUGAAACUUUAUUUUUCCAUUAAAAUGAAAGUUCAUCUAUUUAAAAUUAUUAAAGGGAAUUUUGUCUUUCAUUUAAAUAUAAAAAAAAGAACAUUAAUGAAUAGUACAAAAAAAUUCAUGAAUUUAAUAUUUCUGAUUUUCUAAAAGUUAUUGAAAGAGAGACAAAGAAAAGAAACUGUGAUGUAUAAAGUUAAGGUAGAGUCCCAGAAACCUGAUAUUUAGGUUUUUGUAUGAAAUGAAAGUAGGGGAAUUAGCCAUGUUGUUGUUGACAAUUUAUAGUUCAAAUAUGCAAUACAUCAUGACGUACAUAUAUAGAUAUUGUAAAUACUUUGUUGAUCGUUUAUAAAAGACACAAACAUGUCUUUGUAACACAAUGUGAAAAUGUAUUUGUUUUUAAAAUGUCUUAACUUAUAAAAAAAAAUCUAUAAAUUAUGAUUAUUUUCAGUUAAAGGUCUGUCUACGUGAUAGAGUGUUAUUUAUUGUUUUGGGUUUUUAAUUAUACAAUAUAUUGUUUUUUUCCCUUGUUUUGAAUAUGUUUAGGUGAUUGUGGUUGGCACAAGAGGUGGUUACGUUAUGAGUCAGUGUGGAGACAGUGUGUGUGUUAGUCAUGCAGUGUUUAUUUUUAGAGUGCAAUAUUUGUUACGUAAAAAACACUUAUAGGUAGAGAGAGAAAAAAAAUGGCACUGACCAAAUGCACUAACAGGGUACUAUAUCCAUUCAUUUCAUUAUAAGAUCAUUGUGUUAAAUAUAUAUUGAAAUUUUUUUGGAAAUAAUUUAAAAAGUGAAGAAAAUCCUACAGAAGUUGACUUUUUUUUCCAAAUUUCUCAUAUUUUUUAAUUAAAUAUAUGAAACUGAAAAAAUUUCUUAUUUGUUGAUUGAAAUUCAUAUUUUUAUCAUUUUUCAAAGUGAAAAUAAAAUACUCAAAUCUUGUAACAGCUCAUUAGUCAUACAAUCAUUAUAUAAGUUUGAAAACAAAACACUGUACAUGUGUAUUGUGAUAUGUGUGUGAAUGUGAUAGGAAAGAAUGGGAGAGGGAAAAAGGGAUGAAUGAAAGAUUUUAAAAGUUGACCACAAUUAAUUGCAGUAGAUCUGCAUAACUAUAUAUCACACAAUAAAGGUGAAAAAUUCA